AUGUCCUUUAAUGACUUGGAACAAGGUUUAGGUGUUUCUUCCAAUCCUAAUAGAAAUAGACUUGGAGAAGACGGCCAUGACUUGGAGUAUAAAAAACUGACUCAGAGAGUAUCGCAGCAAGUAUUUCAUAUCAACGGAAAUAUAACAAGUAUAGAAAGACUAGUUGGAUUUUUGGGUACUUCAAGAGAUACACCUGAUAUACGAAAUAAACUACAUGACGUAACAGAGGGUACACGAGAAUUAAUAAAAGAUACAACAAAUGAUAUCAAAUCAUUAUCCCAAUACCAGACGACGGUUGGCAGCAAAAAACAACAAAAGCUAUCAAAAGACUUUCAAAAAGUGUUGGCUGAAUUCCAAAAGAUCCAGAGAAUCUCGGUGUCUAAGCAAAGAGAAUUUGUUGAUAAACAAAAGGCAACUACUACUGCACUCCAAGCCCAAGUAGAAGAUGAACAAGGUCAUCAAGAGCAGCAACAGAUAGAGGAUACACAGAGACGUAUUCAACUUGAAGCAUUAGAUAAUGAGAUUGAGUACAAUGAAACGUUAAUAUCAGAGAGAGAAACAGAGAUACAAGGUAUCGAACAAGGUAUUACAGAACUAAACGAAAUUUUCCGUGACCUUGGUAUGCUUGUGAAUGAACAAGAAAGUGGUAUUGAGAGUAUCUAUGGCAAUGUUCUCAAUAUAUCACACAAUACAAAACAAGCGUCAGAAGAACUCACGAUUGCAAACCGCCAUCAAAAGAAGGCGAGAAAGAACAUGUGCUGUUUAUUGCUCAUCAUUACUAUUGUUGGCUGUGUCCUUGCUCUUAUUAUUGUCGUAGCCAAAUAA